AUGGUGUUGCCGUCUCACUUACAAAACAACCUUACACCUACAGAGAUUAAGUUUCUUGCUGAAAAUGAGUUGAUAACUAUACUUCCACGUUAUUCAAUGAAAAAAGUUGACCUAAUAGGGACUCAAAUACCGAAUUUACGAGCGAUGAGACGAGAAAAAGUGCCACUCUGGGUUGCUCUAAUUUUGAAAGCUCAAGAUAAAUGCAAUAUCGUGCCUCCAAAAUGGUUUAAUGUCCACUAUUUGAAAGAGAAAUACGACGAAGAGAUUCGUCGACCAGGCCAGUUCAGUAAUCUACCGUGGAAUUGGCUCGAGUUAUCAAAAAUUAUGCUCGACAAAGCUAGUGACGAUUUGGCUGACUCUACAGACGAGUUGAGAUCUCUUAUACAAGAUCUUCGAGAAAUUAGAUUGGUGAAAUCUAGAAAAGGAUUAAAAGAGCUUAACGAGUCUAAUAUUCAAUUGAAUGGAUUAUCCCUAAUGGAGAUCAACGAGAUGAGACCGUUUGUCAUACCUGUAAUGAAUAAAUUGAGGGUAUUACAUGGUACAUUGGAUAAAUUUAAGGAUAAAGCUGUUGACGAAGAUGAAGAUAUGUACCACUCAGAUAGUUAG